CCUGCGAGACAAGAAGAACACAAAGAAUCUGCGGUUGAUUGCUGUAGUUGGAGCAGCAUGGAGGAGAACAAAGAGACCCCUGGAGCUCAGAAACCGAAAGGAAGAGAGACACGUCACAGCUGUCAGCAAUGUGACAAAUCCUUUACAACAUCUGGAAGUUUAAGGCGCCACCUGCGUAUUCACACGGGAGAAAAACCGUAUAGCUGUGAAGAGUGUGGGAAAACUUUCAAUCAAUCAGGUGCUCUCAAAAUACAUCAACAUAUUCACACUGGAGAAAAACCGUACAGCUGUGAAGAGUGUGGGAAAACUUUCAAUCAAUCAGGUGCUCUAGAAUCACAUCUUCGUGUUCACACUGGAGAAAAACCGUACUGGUGUGAAGAGUGUGGGAAAACGUUCACUACAUCAGGUGCACUCAAAUCACAUCACCGUAUUCACACUGGAGAAAAACCGUACAGCUGUGAAGAGUGUGGGAAAACUUUCAAUCAAUCAAGUGCUCUCAAAUCACAUCUUCGUGUUCACACUGGAGAAAAACCUUACAGCUGUGAAGAGUGUGGGACAACUUUCACUACAUCAGGUGCUCUAGAAUCACAUCUUCGUGUUCACACUGGAGAAAAACCGUACUGGUGUGAAGAGUGUGGGAAAACGUUCACUACAUCAGGUGCACUCAAAUCACAUCACCGUAUUCACACUGGAGAAAAACCGUACUGGUGUGAAGAGUGUGGGAAAACGUUCACUAGAUCAGAUACUCUCAAAUCACAUCUUCGUGUUCACACUGGAGAAAAACCUUACAGCUGUGAAGAGUGUGGGACAACUUUCACUACAUCAGGUGCACUCAAAUCACAUCACCGUAUUCACACUGGAGAAAAACCGUACUGGUGUGAAGAGUGUGGGAAAACGUUCACUAGAUCAGAUACUCUCAAAUCACAUCUUCGUGUUCACACUGGAGAAAAACCAUAGUGGUUUUUAGA